AUCCUCCAGCUUUAGCUGGCAGGCUCGCUCCAGCUCGGCUCAUUGACAUCCUCUCGAUCAGGGCUCAUCCGCUCAGGGAUGACGACUGGACGACGGACUGGGCGUUCAUCUCCUCCCUCUGUUUCUUAAACCUUUCCCUUCUCUCGGACCUCUCCUCCUUUGCUCUUCCUUCCCUGGCGGCGACGACUGGGCGAGUGGCGGCGCCAUUUGUCCUGUCUUCGCCCAGCCCUUCGCCGGCGACGAGCGCAUCCUCCAGGUGCGUAUGGUUGUCUUUGACGUCCGAAAUAAAUCAAGGUUGAAGUAAGAUUAAGGAGUUAUUCAAAAGCACAAGGUUUCCAGCCUUUCCAGUUAAAUGAUCAAAUGACCUGUAGAAUGUCAGCAAGCAAGCAAAAGAAACGACAGAUAAAUUGUACCAAUUCAGAGCAAUAUAGGCCAGUGAAGAAAACCAAAUUUGACUCAUCCAAUUGUCUAGUAAGUUUGAAGCCUCAUAUUGGUCUUAAAUGGGACCAGUAUCUGAGGAGAGUUGUGCCAGAAAAGGAACAAGUCGGAAUUUUGUGGUCAGACUUGGCCCCUUUCAUAGAAAGCCAGGAACAUUGUUCUGGCCUUGCUGAUGUUACAUAUGUUCCUCCAGAAACUUUUUCUCUUGAGAGCCUGAGAGGUGUGCUAUCUUAUGAGGUAUGGUCUACAUGUCUGACAGAAACUGAGAGAAAGUUUCUCAAACAAUUUCUUCCAAGCGAGACUGAUGCAGAAGAAACUGUACAUUUGUUGCUUACAGGAAAAAAUCAUCACUUUGGAAAUCCUUUCCUGAGCUGGUCAUCUUCUCUUUGCUAUGGUGAUAUUCAUCCGGAUGCCAUACUUGACAAGGAGAAGCACAUAAAAAGGGAUGAGAAGGCGUAUCGUUUUAACUUGCUUAAUUACCAUUCCAACAUGGUUGACACCUUGAAGAAAUGGAGGAAGAGAUGGCUAAGCGGCGGUGAUAUGGAGACUUUGUUCAGGGAUAACCCUGGUAAUCAGAAGCAAGUAAUUAUGCAGCUGAAAGCUACUAAGAGUGCAAUGCCAAUGAAGGUUGCACAAAGAAUUGAUGUUUCAAAGUUUAUGUCAUACAUCAAGGUUAGUAGGACACAACUCAACCAUAUCAAGAGAUUGAAGCAAUCUGGGGAUGGCAUUCAGACCAAGCAUGUUUCACGUGUAAUUGGUGGCCUUGAUAAAUCCCAUGUAAAACCAUAUGGAGCUUUAUUAGAGGAUGAACAGAGGAGGUUGCAUGAACAUUGGUUGAACAUGUCGUGCAAUGAUAUACCUUCUGCUUUUGAGGUUCUUAAGGACAGGAAGGUGCAGGUGGAGAAAUCAAGAAAGUUAUUAAGCCUUGAGCUUGAAGAGAAGAAUGUAUCUGUCUCGAGAAAGGCAGAGCAAUUAACAGACAUAAUGAAAGAGCUAGGACAACCUAGUGCUAGCGAAAAUGAUGGUACCUCAAUUUUGCAAAAUAACCAGGUAAAACACUCACCUCAAAGUAUGUUGCAAGGUGGGGAUGAUCAGAACACAUCUCUUCAAGACUGCGAUGAUGAGCCAACUAAGUAUAUGGAAACCUCUAUUUACCAUAUUGGCAAUCAGAAUGUGGAAGAUCACGACCUCAUGGUAGUCAGGGGCACUGACAUAACUAGUCAGGGGAAGCAAAACUCUGAUGUGCAGUAUCAUAAUGGUGUCAGCUGCGUAGAUAAAGGCAUUUCCUGGUGUGGAAACAACCCUGACAAGCAGGAUGAUGAUCUCACAGAUAUCAAAUUGUGUAAAGAUGGCCUGGAUGUUAACAGUGAAGAUAUUGAAGAAAUCAGCUACAAAGGUGCAACCAAUAACAACUGUAGCUCAGAGAAUCAAGAGAUUAAGUCCAUUAAUUAUACAAACACACAUAUUGACACUCUUGACUGCGGAAAUUUGCAACUAGAAGAUCUUGAAGGUCCAUCAGUUCAUGCUCAUGAGCAAGAUCGGGACCUGGAAAGCAUCAGCCAUGAUGUUUUUGAAUCACAAUUGUGGCCGUAGUGCAAAUAUUUCUUCAGAAAUGAGUUAUCCAAAGACACACGAUGUAACUGUGAAUCAAGUAGAGACUGAGAACGUUAUGAUGAUACCGUCAAACAGUUCUUUACUAUUACUUAAGUCCUCUGGAGAACAAAUGCACGUGGAAGAUUUUCUGGAUCUAAAUGACCAAGUAGCAAACGGUGAGAAAAACAGAUGGCAGUUGGCAGGCCCUCUCCAGUCCCAUUAUCAUCGUCCAGAGAUUAUAAAUAAUGGCUCAGGUAACUUGCAGAUUACACAACCUUAUCUCUCUUCAGGACAACAAAGUUCUUCAGGUUACAUGGAUAAUGGCGUUAUAAGUCAGCAGCAGGAUCAACUCGCCACGUCUGCCUUUAUAAUGGACAACCCAUCAUCAAUUAUUGAGCCAUUCUCAAAUCUGCAGAGCAAUGAUACGAUCCAGAUGGCAAAGGACAUUGGGGCAGCUUCCUACCCUCUUCAACGUGCAAAUAGCAUCGAACCUGGUCUGCAUUCUUUGGUGAAUAACCGUUUGGCUCAAUCUGCCCCAUUUCCCAGGUCCUUGCAGGAGCAGCAGCAGUUAAUUGUUCAGAAUGAUAAUUGUCUCUAUGGACAACUUCACAAGGAUUAUUGUGCUGAUGUGAGCUUUCCAACUAAAGCAAACCCUCCUAUAUCUGAGCAGCAUUCUUAUGCUGCUUUUGGUCCGAUGGAUAAUAGGUAUAACUGGUUCCCUGAUGGUUGUCAGUUGCAUAAUAAUAAUACGUCAGGAUUGGAGUCUGGUAACUGCUUAACCCAGGCCUUGCCAAGCGGAAGCAACACCGAUGGAACUCUGUUCAGCGCCAUAUCUCAGUACAAGCAACCAUCAGUACACCUGGGACAUGGUGGGUCAAGCCGCUGCCAGGUCCUUGAACCAAGGAAUCAGGUUUGUCCACCACAAAAUUUUCUCCCUAGGAGUCAAGACACAAACCCUCCGUUUUCAGAUAUGCAUGGCUACACCCAGGAUAUGGCCAGUCGCACGGGCAGUCAGAUAGCACCUGUAGGCUCUCUGGAUGGCUCACAUUGGACAAACUUCAUACAGCAGAAUCCUGCAAUGGCGCCUGACUUCACAAACAGGCCGUUUCGAGGGCCCUGGACCAGAUAAUUCUUUAGGCACUAACUGAAUUGGUUAAUAAGGAGAUUGGGGACAGGCUGGAACAAAAUGUUUUCCAGCAUUGAUGACUGACGUCAUAGUGGUUUUGAGCAGCUUGAAUGCCUGCCCGAAGAUGGGCGCUGGGAAUCUGAAGAUUCAGGAGCUGAUGAUUCCCGUUUUUGCGGUUUUCUAUUUCUGCCUUUUGAUAAUAAGCUGUGCCCCAAUUCCCAUGUGUAGGCUGCCUCUGUAGUGCCCUCAGCAAACCAAAACCUGAUGCCGGGUUGUGCUGUCCUUAGCUAUGCUUGGCGCACCGGCCAUGCCGUAAUGUGUCACUAUUGGUCUAUUGCACUUCAUGUCGCCCGUUGUACAUCUUUGCUGGCGUGUCAACUGUUGGUUAAUGAGAGCUAAGAAGAAAGGUCA